AUGCAAUCGCUGCAGCAGAAGGCCUCCGAGUUGAGCGGGGUGGAUCCCAGCGACGCUUUCGCCAUUGAUGAGACCAACCUCUUUGAGAAGUUGGGUCUCCAAACCUUCAUCAAUCUCUCCACUAAUUUCUACAACAGGGUUUAUGAUGAUGAAGAAGAGUGGUUUAGAUCAAUUUUUGGGAAUUCAAGGAAAGAAGAUGCAAUUCAGAACCAAUAUGAGUUCUUUGUCCAGAGAAUGGGAGGCCCCCCUCUGUAUUCUCAGAGAAAAGGGCAUCCGGCUCUGAUUGGCCGACACCGCCCAUUUCCUGUCACUCAUCAAGCUGCAGAAAGGUGGUUACAUCACAUGCAACAAGCCUCAAACAGCAUCACAGAGAUUGACACAGAUUCGAAAAUCAAAAUGAUGAAUUUUUUCAGGCACACUGCAUUCUUUCUGGUGGCUGGAGAUGAGUUGAAGAAUCAAAACCAAGUAGUUCCCUGUAAGCAUGGAGCCAGCAAACCAGCAUCAGCGUAA